AGAUUCAAUUAACUUCGCAUGAUUUUUCGACAAUAACGAUACAUAACCUCUCGCAAUAACAAUUCCACAAUUGAACUCGAUCAUGUUGCAUAAAAUUUCAUGAGAAUUAGCAAUACAAAAACAAUUGUUGUGCUUAAGACUGGCUACUGGAAAAUAAAUUAAAUAUCGCAGUGUUAUAAUUUUAAGCGAAAAAUCAUUGUCAAAGGCCGAUUGUAUCGUACUUGAGAAAAAUGAGCGUAACGAAAUUGGGUUCCUAUGCUAGUCGUUUUGCACAUCGGCAAUCACUCGUUAGAAGACUCACAGCGCCAAAAAUCCAACCCUUUUUCAUUCUGAAGAACAAUAUAUCGAUAGGAUCCGCUAAAGCAAGAGAAGACAAAUUAGAUGAUUUAGAAAAACCGGUUCGUUUUUCCACGUCAGAAGCAGCAGCAUGGGAUCCUGUAGCAAGUCGUACAGGAGACACAGGAAAAGAAAUGCUCUGGUAUCAGCCAAUUGUAGUAGCAGGCAGCACCAUUAUUUUCUUGAUAUACUUUGCCAUAUUCCGAGAGGAAAAUGACAUCGAUGAAAAAUUAUCAUGGAAUUUGCGUGAUCACUUCACCGGUGAAACAUGGACGCAGAUGGAAAAAUCCCAACAAAUUUCUACGGAAUAUGCAAAUAAAGGAGCCACCAUUUUCAAUAAGUGAAACAAUUCCUGGCUCUCUUCCAAAUAAUAUGUAGAAAAUGAGUAUAUUUGUGAAUUUGUUUGCUCCGUUUUCUCUGUUUUAUUCUAAGUUACAAAUUUUUUAAACAACUAAAGAGGGUACAGCAAUUGUCCCCAAAAUAUAUUUCUAACAAUCGUAGUCCAUUCGA